AUGGAGCAUCGUCACCUCCACCCAGCUUCCGGGCCUUCCAGAGCUACGGAUUAUGUCGACCUCACCGAAUCGCCGCCGCCUACCCGACCCUUGUCAUCCUCCACGGCAAACAACCGUACCGUCCCCUCGGUGUCUUCCUAUGCCGCCUACAUCAAGCCAGCCAAGGCGUUCCCGACUCCCGUGUCGACAACUUUUCAGCACCCUACAUACGAUGCUUCAUGGCCAAAAUGGGUGCAGCCUGCCCCGCCAAAGCCCAUCAAGCCCGCCGAGGACAGGGAGGCAUUCGAUCUUGACGCGAUCAAAAUCUCUGCUGAAGACUGGACAAAGCAUCAGGGAGACUCUGAGGCACAUAUGCGCGAGCUCUUGUCUGCUGCUAUAGGAGAGGCCGAUGAGGAGAUCAAGGAAGGAGAGGAUGUGGUGGAGGGAUUUGCAGACGCGGUCCGCUUGAUGCCGCAUCAGAUCCGAGGCGUAAAGUGGAUGCGGGGCAGGGAGUCAGGGCGCAAGUUUGGCGGUAUAUUGGCCGAUGACAUGGGACUUGGAAAGACCGUACAAAUGCUAGCUAGAAUCGUCGAGGGCCAGCCAACGGCUGCGGACAAGAAGGCUGGAUUCAAAGGCACCUUAAUCGUCGCCCCGCUGGCUGUGAUGGAGCAAUGGGCCACUGAAGUUCGAACCAAGACUCGACCAGGACAGCUCAAAGUAACGACGCACCACGGCCCGACUCGUACCAAGACCGGGCGCAAGCUUGAGGGAUACGACGUGGUCAUUACGACUUACCAGACGCUCGCAUCUGAGCACGCGCAGGACGCCGUGGAGUCAGACUCUGAUAAUCCAAAGCGAGGCGGCGUUCUAUUUUCCCAGAAAUGGCAUCGAGUGGUACUAGGUGAGUGGUGCCGGUUGUUCUGCUCUUUGCGACAAGCCGGAAGUGAAAGACCCACUUCUGGCACGCCCAUCCAAAACAAUGUCGAAGAGCUGUAUUCCCUGUUCCGCUUCCUCCGCGCCAAACCUCUUGACGAUUGGAACAAUUUCCGUGACCGUAUCGCCAAGCUUGUCAAGCAGGGACAAACCAAGGUUGCCAUGAAACGGUUGCAGGUGGUUCUCAAGGCGAUCAUGCUCCGGCGAGCAAAGGACGCCACGCUGGAUGGGAAGCCCAUUCUUGUCCUACCUGGCCGCACGGUGGAGGUCGUCCCCUGCGUCUUCGACACCGAUGAGCGGGCAUUCUACGACGCUCUCGAGCAAAAGACUGCCUUGACCUUCAACAAAUUCAUGUCGAGUGGUACCGUCAUGUCCAACUACACGAGCGUUUUGACGUUGUUGCUCCGUUUACGUCAAGCGUGUGAUCAUCCUCUACUCGUCACUGCGUCAUUCGCUCAGGCAGCCGGGGACGAAACCAAUCCGCAAGUUAUCGAAGACGACACAGACGGCCUCGCCAAUCUUCUUGGCGGUCUCGGCGUAAGCGGGCAGGCCAAACCCGCUGUGCCGAAAUGCGAUCUGUGUCAAGCCGACUGCACGACUGGUACUCGCUGCGAGGACUGCAAGGAUCUGGCCGCCAAGCCAGUUCACCCGGUCAGCGCCAAGAUCCGGAUGCUGCUCAAAUUGUUGAAAGCUGUCAAGCCCGGGGAGAAAACAAUCGUCUUUUCCCAAUUCACGUCCUUCCUCAACCUUAUUGAGCCAAUGUUGAAGGAUCACGGCAUUCGAUACGUCAGAUACGAUGGAAGCAUGCGUAACGACAAGCGGCAAGAAGCGUUGGAGAAGAUCAAGACCGAUGAUAAUGUUGCUGUGAUCCUUAUCAGCUUCAAAGCUGGAUCUACGGGCCUGAACUUGACCGUCUGUAACGUGGUCAUCCUUCUGGAUCUGUGGUGGAAUCCGGCGCUGGAAGAUCAAGCAUUCGACCGUGCACACCGGCUAGGACAAACGAAGGAUGUCAGGAUCUACAAGCUCACGGUCGAGGAGACUGUGGAAGAUCGCAUCUUGAAAUUACAGGAUAGCAAACGCGAGCUAGCAAAGGCUGCCUUGUCGGGUGACGCGGUUCGAAACCUAAAACUGAGUCUUAAUGAUAUCAUGAGUGAGUCUGCGUUGGUGUAG